AAGACAAUUGCGGCAACACUUCGGCCAAAACCGAAGGAAUACUUCCGCCCGAAAGGCCGACACUGAAGAGCGGCUGUCCGUCGGCGCGGUUGCGGUCGACGCAGCGUUGGAUCAGUUGCUGCAAAGUCUUCUUCGGCUCUUCGCUUCGAAUCACUUUUGUUGACAUUUUCUGCAUUUGUUUCCUCUUCGGUCCACAAAUAACGUCGACAAACAGCUGACGACUCAAAACAAUGUCUUCGCUGAAGACGCGAAUCGUUUCCGUUCUCCUCCUCUGUUGUCUUCUCUCCGCUCUUAUGGUCUUCUACUUUGUCCUCUUCUUCGACGACUUUCAGUCGGAGUCGAAGCCGUCGUCGAGUCUUAUAAUCGUUUCUUUCGCCGAAAUGCGACCGAAAAACGCCUCCAAAGACGACAUUUCGCUCCGAAUCGCCGCAAAAAUUGAGGCCAAACUCCCGCUCCCGGCGCUCAACACGUCCUCCGAAGCGCUCGCUCUUCUCCGCGCCCUCCAACUCGACCUCAACGCCGAACAGCCGCCGGUCGCCGACGUGUGGUCUUUGGCGCACUCGUGGGUCACCGCUCGACAGCUUUUGCCGCCGAAAGCGCCGCAAUUGUCGCUCGUUUUGCGGACACUGAAGACAUCACGUGUGCUUCGGGCAGACGUCUCGCGCACCGGAACUCAACUCAAGCUUCUUCUCGAACUCGAUGGCCAACAGCGGGCGCUCUUCAAACCGCAGCGAUACUCGAGACAACACGUGGUUUCGGGCGAUCCUUACGCCGGCGCAGAUCGACACAACGGCGAGAUCGUCGCCUUCCAUCUCAGCCGUCUGCUCGACCUCCGCGUCGUCCCGAUUGUGGUCUCGCGGCGUCUGCGUCUCUCCGAACUCAGGGCAGUGUCGAGCGCCGCCCUUUCGGCGACCUUCACAAACGACUCGUGUUUUUACGGCGAAUGCCAUUACUGUUCGUCUUUCGACUCCGUUUGCGGUGACCUCGAAGGCCGUCUCGAGGGAUCGCUUCAUCUCAUGCUUCCAACGAAAUACAAGCUGCAACGCGUUCGCAACCCCUGGCAGCGCACCUAUAGGCCUGGCGUUUUUGCCCCCUGGGAGCGCGAGAUGGACUUCUGUGCGGCAGUUGUUCAGCGCAUUCCUCUGCGGCCGCGACUCCUCGAUAUCGUAGAUCUGGCGGUCUUUGACUUUCUCAUCGCAAACGCCGACAGACAUCACUUCGAAGUGUUCAAAGACGUGCCGAACAGCGCCCUCCUAUUCAUCGACAACGGCAAGAGUUUCGGCGAUCCGCACUCUCACGAGCUGUCAAUUCUGGCGCCGCUCUCCCAGUGCUGCGUAAUUCGCAACUCGACGUAUAGACGCCUCCAAGUGUUGGCUUCGGCGCCGCUCUCGGCGGCCGUCGAAAGCCUUCUCGCGGCCGACGACUCGCCAGAGCCGCUGUUGACACGCAACCACUUGUCGGCACUCGAUGUGCGCCUGCGCUCUGUAUUAGUGAGUAAAGAGUAUUUGAUUCCCUUAUCUAAGAGUGAUUUCGCGGUUCAGGCGCUGAUCGGCGCGUGUUUGGAGGAGAAGGGAAAACAACACGUUUUGAAGUGA